UGCCGCAUUUCAUUACUUAACAACAUCCGGUUAGCAUCCAUAGCUACUUGUUUGCAACUGAAAUCCCUGUGCUUGAUAUUGCAUCUAUGCUAUUUUACUUUUGCUACUGACAGUGUUCAGGUUUGCUAAAAGAAGGUGCUGUUACUUGAAAGGGGAAGACAAUAUAACGACUUCAGCUCAGAUGUGACGGUGCCAUCUUGCUGUGUGCCAUGAGUAACAGCCACCCCCUGCGGUCACUGACCUCGGUGUCAGAGAUAGACCACCUGCACCUGCUGUCGGAGCACCUGGGCGCUCUGGUGUCUGGCGAGGAGUACAGUGAUGUCACCUUUGUUGUCGAGGGGAAGCGCUUCCCUGCCCACCGGGUCAUCUUGGCGUCACGGUGCCAAUAUUUCAGAGCCAUGCUCUUUAAUGGCAUGAAGGAGUCCCAGCCCCAGGCCGAGGUGCCUCUGGAGGACACGCAGGUCGAGGCAUUCUCCAUGCUCCUGCAGUACCUGUACACGGGCCGGGCAAGCCUGAGUACGGCCCGUGAGGACGUUUUACUGGACUUCCUGGGUCUGGCGCACCGCUACGGCCUCCAGCCACUAGAGGACAGCACCUGUGAGUUUCUGCGCACGGUGCUGCACACUCAGAAUGUAUGCUUGGUGUACGAUGUGGCCAGCCUCUACUGCCUGGGGAGCCUGGCGCAGGCGUGCUGCGCCUACAUGGACCGGCAGGCGCCCGAGGUGCUGGCUUCAGACUGCUUCCUCACUCUCUCUAAGACUGCUCUUCUGGCUGUGGUGCAGAGGGACUCGUUUGCCGCCACCGAGCGGGAGAUCUUCCAGGCGCUGUGCCGCUGGUGCCGGCACAACUGUAACGAGGUGGCAGCGCAGGAAGUGAUGUCGGCAGUGCGCCUGCCCCUCAUGAGCCUGAUGGAGAUGCUAAAUGUGGUGCGGCCCUCUGGCCUCCUCAGUCCCGACAACUUGCUCGACGCCAUUCAGACGCGCUCGGAGAGCCGCGACAUGGACCUUAACUACCGAGGCAUGCUCAUCCCUGAGGAGAACAUUGCCACCAUGAAGCACGGUGCCCAGGUGGUGAAGGGCGAGCUGAAGUCGGCGCUGCUGGACGGAGACACGCAGAACUAUGACCUGGACCACGGCUUCUCCCGGCACCCCAUCGAGGAGGACGGGCGAGCAGGCAUCCAAGUCAAGCUGGGCCAACCCUACAUUGUCAACCACGUACGCCUGCUGCUGUGGGACCGCGACAGCAGGUCGUACUCUUACUAUGUGGAGGUGUCUAUGGAUGAGCUGGACUGGGUGCGUGUAGUGGACCACUCCAAGUUUCUCUGUCGUUCCUGGCAGAGUCUAUUCUUCACAGCGCGUGUCUGCAGGUAUGUACGCAUUGUGGGGACACACAACACCGUGAACAAGGUGUUCCACCUGGUGGCCUUCGAGUGCAUGUUCACACAGCGACGAUACAUUCUGGAGAAAGGACUCCUGGUCCCCGACCGUAACGUGGCAACCAUCGCAUGCGGGGCCAGUGUGAUCGAGGGUGUGAGCCGGAGCCGCAACGCCCUGCUCAACGGGGACACCUCCAACUACGACUGGGACUCGGGCUACACCUGCCACCAGCUGGGCUCAGGGGCCAUCGUCAUCCAACUGGCCCAGCCCUACAUGUUGGGAUCACUCAGACUGCUGCUCUGGGACUGUGAUAACCGCAGUUACAGUUACUACAUCGAGCUGUCCACCAACCAGCAGCAGUGGACCAAGGUGGUGGACCGUACCAAAGUGGCUUGCAGGUCUUGGCAGACGCUGGUGUUUGACAAGCACCCCGCCUCCUUUGUGCGCAUCGUGGGGACCCACAACACAUCCAACGAGGUGGGGAGAGAUGAGCAGGCUCGGGAAGUGUUCCACUGCGUCCACUUCGAGUGCCCUGCCCAGCUCGACACAGAGGUCAAAGAGGGCAGCCCGAACUCUAAGUCCCAGCAGCCUCCGCUACAGGCCCAAUCACCCUCCCAGCUCCAACUCCCCACCCGGCCUUCCUCUGCCUCCUCGUCCUCACACUCCCACCCCCUCUAAGGGGUUUGCCAACCCCAACCUCCCCCUUAGACUCCAGGAGAAAACCAGACACUACCUUAGGCAUCUCAAUCCACACAAGCUUCUUUUGUGAUGUUACUCGACAUAAUAUGCUGCUCAAAUGAAAUAAAUAUAUAUUUAUAUGAAAUUAAA